UCGAUCGCUAAGACCACAAGGCAAAAAAAAUCCGUGUUACAAGAUCAUCUCAUUUUAUAUUGUUUCCAACAUAAUUACUUAGCUCGAGAGAUGUCUUCUCCAGUUUCUUCAUCACUUCCAGCUUCGGCUCAUGAUUCCAAGUCCAUCAAGAAUCGUCGCUCUGCCAAUUUUCAUCGUAGCAUCUGGGGGGAUCUUUUCCUUUCAAGUCCUUCUAAAAUGAAUAUCAAUGCUACAACUCAACCACAAUACGAAGAAUUGAAGCAAGAAGUAAGGACGAUGCUUAUGGUACAUACAGAUGAUUCAUCUCACAAAUUGCGUUUAAUUGACAUAAUCAAACGCUUAGGUGUGAGUUACCAUUUCGAAAGAGAAAUAGAGGAUGCAUUGCAAAAUAUUAAUGAUGACCAUGAGUACAAAGAUGACAAAAGUCUCGAGGCUACAUCUCUUCAAUUUCGAUUACUUAGAGAGAAUGGAUCUAAUGUUCAAUGUGAAACAUUCAACAAGUUCAAAGAUGAUGAAGGAAACUUCAAGAUGUCCUUAACAAGUGAUGUGAAAGGCUUGCUAGAAUUAUAUGAAGCUGCACAUUUAUGUGUGCAUGGAGAACAUAUACUAGAAGAAGCACUUGCUUUCACCACCACUCAUCUAGAUUUGGCAGAAAGUAGUAGCAUUGAAUAUCCCCUUUCAGCACUAGUCUCCCAUGCCCGAAAACGACCCAUCCGCAAAAGCUUGCCAAGGCUAGAGGCUAGGCGAUACAUUUCUAUAUAUCAAGAAGAUGGUUCACAUGACAAAACGUUACUAAAUUUUGCGAAGUUGGAUUUCAACUUAUUACAAAAUUUGCACAAGGAAGAGCUAAGCAAGAUCUCUAGGUGGUAUAAAGAUUUAGAUUUUCCUGGAAAACUGCCAUUUGCACGGGAUAGAUUGGUUGAAGGUUACUUUUGGAUAUUGGGAGUAUACUUUGAGCCUCAAUACUCCCUUGCUAGAGAGAUAUUGACAAAAACAAUAGCCAUGGCGUCAGCUAUGGAUGACAUAUAUGAUGUACAUGGCACAUUUGAAGAACUUGAACUCCUUACAAACGCAAUUGAGAGGUGGGAUACUGACUGUAUAGAUCAACUCCCAACAUACAUGAAAAUCUUCUACAAGGCCCUCUUAGAUGUUUAUGAAGAAAUGGAAGAAGUGAUGACAAAGCAAGGAAAAUUAUACCCUGUCCAGUAUGCGAAAGAAGAAAUGAAACAAUUAUCGCAAUCGUAUUUCGUUGAGGCCAAAUGGUACCAUGAAAACUACGUACCAUCGGUGGAGGAAUACAUGAUAAAUGGAUUAGUAUCUGCUGGCUACAUCAUGUUUGCUAUCACAUCUUUUGUUGGAAUGGGAGACAUUGUGACAAAAGAGAUAUUUGAUUGGGCAUCUAGCAACCCUAAAAUCAUUAAAGCUUCUUCAGUAAUUGCCCGUCUCAUGGACGAUAUUGGUUCACACAAGUUUGAGCAGGAGAGAGGGCAUGUUGCAUCGGCCGUUGAAUGCUACAUGAAGCAGCAUGGAGUUUCAGAAGAAAAUGCAUGCGGUGAGUUGAACAAGCAAAUUGAGAAUGCUUGGAAGGAUAUAAACCAGGAGUUGGUACUUAGGCCGACACCUUGGGUCCCAAUGCCUAUCCUCACACGAAUUCUCAACCUUGCAAGGGUGAUUGAUUUCCUCUACAAGGAUGGAGAUGGGUACACACACGUUGGAAAUGUUGUCAAGUGCGGAAUCACUUCAUUGCUCAUUGAUCCAAUCCCACUUUGAAGAUCCAAGAAUUUACAUAUAGAAUAAAUAAAUAAGAAACUAAAAGAACAAAAUUGUCCGAGCUGCCAAGAAUUGAAAUCUUUUGGUGUUAUA